AUGAUGGGUCGGUCACAGAUGAGAUCAGAGGGCUCUCCAAUACCGAUAUUCGUCGUAGGUCACAACUGGUACGUUAUUCUUGAAGCUCUGCUUAUCGACUUGACCGUUGAGGAAACCUCUAAGGCACUCGGUUUGAGCAUUACAGUGGAGAAUUGUAGAGUGAAGCUUCGAAUUAAGUCCAGCAAUGGUGGUUUUGAGAAACAGCAAAGUAACGACGGAACCGCCAAAGACGACGGAAACGGCAGAACCGUCGAACUCCACAGAAAUGGCGGAACCGACGAAGCCGAAGAAACGGAGGCGGAACUGUCGAAGCCAACAGAAGCGGCGAUUUCAACCGAUGAAUCUCCGCCGAUAGAAGAAACGGAGGUGACAGGAGAAGCGGAAACCAAGGAAGCAAAUCCCAAUGCAGAAGAAGCCCAAACUGAGGAGAAGAUGAACUCAGAAGAAGAUGAAUCGGAAAAAGAAGAUGAAUUGGAAGAAGAAGAAGAGCACGAAGAAGAAAAAGAAGAAGAGGACAAGGAUUUGUCUGGUGACCAACUAGAGAACAAGGAUGAGGAGUAUAAUGAUGAUAAUGAUGAUAAUGAUGACAAUGAUGGCGAGGAAAAUCGACAAUCUCCACAACAGCAGGAGCAGGAAGAAAUUCCUCAACCGGAUCAAACCCCACCGGAAGAACCACUUCAACCGGAACAAACAGAAGACGCUGAAGCAAUGCCUUCAGAUGCACAUGUCUCUUCUUUUGCACCGGUCAUGGUUGAUGAUGAAUAUAUACCACUGCCACCAGAGAAGUUUUACUUUCGUCCAGAUCAGUAUAGAAAGAGUUGUAGGAUAUCAUCGAGGUGUUAUGUGAAUGAUACGGUCAAGGACAUCAAGAAAUUCCUCAGGCGUUGGAAUGGUUUUCUAGUCAUCCUCAGUUUAAGCAUAUCUUUCAUAUGCCUCUGGUACUCCAUUAAGGAGCAUGCGCUGCUGAGUGGAUUGGAUUGUCAUGACUACCCUAGCAACUAUGGGGAGCUGAAGGACAAGGAAGCCGGCGAUUUCAAGUUUGUUGAAAAGUGGUUCAAGAGAAGGACCAAUAUUACCAUAGCAGAUGUGAAGAAGAAGCUAGGGAAAGUGAAGAGCGCUGUUAACAAGAAGAAGAUGGCUGCGCUAUAUUUCUUAACCAAUGUCUUGAAAGCGAAGUCCAAAUACAAAGGAAACAUAGAGCCAUUCUUUCUCAAAGUCGUGGAUGAUUUGGACUUGUGUGAAAAAUUCCCUUGGGGCCGUUUGACCUUUGAUGAUUUGGUAGAUGAAGUUAAGAAAGUAGCGAAGAAGUUCAAGGGAGGCGUCGUCAACGAGAAGGAUUCAUGGACCUUUUCUGGAUACAUUCUUCCUAUUGAGUCGACCUUUGGAGAGACCAUUCUAAUCGUCCAGAAGAAGAAGAUAUGGUGGGAGUCUCUGUACAAGAUUGACUUGGCCGGCAGAGGUAUCACCGAGUUUGCAAAUGAAGUACCAAUGCAGGCACCUGACAACGGUGGAUCAGUUCAGGGAAUGAUGGAAACGAUGAAAGCUUUGAUCGAGGAAGCAACAAAGAAGUUGGAGGAUAAGAUGGAUGAUGUUACCUCAGAGAUUAAGGCAAUGGUUGGGGACUUAGAUGAGAGACUUGAUAUGGUUGAAUGUUAUGUCAAUGAGCAACGAACCAAGAAGGCUCAUGAUAGAAGCGGAGCAAGUAGUUUUCCUCUAGGUUCUGCUUUUGGACUCCGGCCGAGAAGAUUGUAG